AGUUGUUGUUUAUAUUCGAGAAACGUCAAAGCAAAGUUGAGAACAAAGGCUUUUUCUUCGAGUUUGAUUAGAUAAACCAAGCCUAUUUUCGAAAAAUAUAGUUUUUCAGCAGUGACUAGUCGAUAACAAAAGUGUGAAAAUGAUGUUGAAUGAACUCUAGCACCGGUGAAAUAACUUAUUCGAUAAAAACUUGUAGUAGCAAAUUUUGAGAAGUGAACUUGAGUGGACUCUCCCGAUUGCUUUGCUCUCUAGCAAGGUUGAAUUCUUCGCUUGGAAAUCAGAGACAGAGCCUAAAAGACUCUUUUUUGUUUUCAGUUCAAAAGUGUUUGUAAUGUCCCCGGAUUAUCUAUUAACCAAAAGAUCUGUUAGGCGCACCCUGGUUCCGUCAGUGAGUCUCGUUCAUUCCAAAAGAAAAGGAAUAUUCAUACACCCCACAGCUAUGUUCAAAAACUUUUUUAGUAAUAGAGUCUGGUGUCCCCUUAGAAUAUAAGUUGUUAUUGUUACUCCUGAGAGUUCAAAUUAUUCUAUAUUGAUCUCCAUUGUGAUAUUUUGUCAAGAUGAAACUUCUUGAAAGUACAAGGUUUGAAGCUAUCAACAAUGCUCUCUCCAUUCAAACAGGCGAUAGCAAAAUUAUAGGGCGCAUUGAAAGUUAUUCCUGCAAAAUGGCAGGUGGGGACAAGGCCCUGUACAAGAGAUUCAACGCUGAGGGGGUGCACCCAAACGAUCUCCAAGCAUUGUCACCUCCACAGGGGGUAUCGCCUGGAUAUUCACAGUACAGUAGAAGUACAUCUGGGGAUGAAGAUGGACCAUUAUGUGACACUAUCAGCCGCAAAACUCUGUUUUAUUUGAUUGCUACCCUGAAUUCAUGCUUCCCAGAUUAUGAUUUUAUGGAUGUCAAGAGCCACGAAUUCAGCAAAGAGCCAUCCCGCCAAUGGGUGGCCAAUGCUAUAGACACCAAUUUAGCAGCGACAGCAGGUGAACAGUACCGCGUUCUCGGCCCUUCCAUCUGGGCCGCCAUCGACGAUGAAAUAUCCCUUGAAAAUUGCGAUAUCUACUCCUAUAAUCCCGAUCUGGCUUCCGAUCCCUUCGGCGAGGACGGCUGCUUGUGGAGUUUCAAUUACUUUUUCUACAGCAAGAAGCUGAAGAGGAUCGUCUUUUUCACUUGCAGGGCUAUCAACCCACAAUACAAUUUCGAUUCAGGAUUCGGCAGUGACUUCAUCAUGGAUGAAGACGAAUCAUACUAAGUUAUACCAACCUUUCGAGAUAUGUCAAAAACGUGAGAUUACAACCUAAUACAUGAAGGAAAAUCAUACGUUUUUUUGAUUAUUCAAUAUUGCUAAGUUUAGUAGAGGGAGUUCUUAAUGAGUAGUUUUGGUUUAGCUUCUGAUAUUUAGAACCUACCAUAUAUAGGCAACGUUUUGGUUUUUGGUGAAUGUUAUUACCUUCUUCAGAGCUGAAACAUGAAUUGAGUUGAUGAACAAGGACAAGUUUAAAAACAUUACUGGGAAGUUUUUUAACAAGAUAUAUUUUUGAAAUGGUAAGAUUGUAGAUGUUUGGUAAUUCUUUAAUGCUGCAUUUUUUUCAUUCAUUUGAUUGAAAAUAUCAAAAUGAACUCAUUUACAAAUUCAGAUCACUGUGUACCACAGCCAGUGAUCUUAAUUUCCAGAUUGUUCAUAUUCAAUUGAUGUUUUGACAAUAAUAUAAUGAAAAAAAAAACACCAUUUAUGAACCAAGUGUUGACAUUUUUCUUGUUAGAAAACUUUUCAAUAGGUCGUUUAUAUGUUAUUUAGGUCCCGUAUUUUUUUUUACUACUUGAGAGAGAGAGAGAGAAAUUAUUUCAUUAUACAAAAUGUGUUUUGUGUGAUUGAGUAAUUUCAUGAAAUAAAUAUAUGGCCUUGAAAGAAACAGUUCAAUUUUCAAAGAAAAUCAGUUAAGUAGGUUGUUGCUAUCAAAGUCACAGUGUUUCCAGAGAAAUGACAAAUUUUGCAUGUCAAAUUUUGAAGUGACUUAGUUUGACGGCCAUUACUAAGACUGACUGCCGUGAAAUCGAUAGUGAAAUACUUUUUUUUCAGAUUAUUCAAGGUUAGGUUACAUUCACCUCCACUGCCGAGUAGCAAGAAAAGUAAAAUUAAUCACGUUUUCAUUUGAAAAUAUAUCUUGGAUGUUUGAAUAACAAAUAGCAUAUUUGGAGGAAAUCAUUCAUGUAGCUCAGUUGUCAGUUACAAUCAUGCUUCUGUUCUGCUUCUAUUAUGUUAUAUUAAUUUUUUUCUCGACAUUGGCACCACUGAACUGUCCAGCAAAAUGCCAUCAAACUAUUUUCCGUCUCU